UGCAUAUGUCAGGACUGUAUCGUGUCUUUCAUUUACAUAUUUUUUUAUUUUAAUAUUAUUAUUUAAUUUAUUUCUGAAUAUUUUGUUUCGUUCCUUGAACGCGAAUUAAUUUACGCGUAUAGUUGCCGUUCCAGACAGAAGUAGCACGAAGACAGAAUGUCUACGAAGCUGGUUUAUGUGAAAGUGGAGUGUGAGUUGGACACGCAAGAAUGUAAUGUGAAAAAAGAGGCGAAGUCGAGUUCUGAGGAGCCCCAGCUCAUUAACCAUGACUUUUCAAAUGUACAUGUCAAGGUGGAACCAUCAUAUCUAAAUGAAGGGGCUCAAGAAGUGGAGUGUGACUGGGACACCAACAUGGAAACCUGCAAUGGGAAGAAAGAGACGGAGUUAAGUCCCGAGGUGCCUGGGCCCAGUGAUGCAGACUUACAUGUUAAAGAGGAACCAGGGCUGAUAGUUAUCAAAGAGGAGUCACACAGCAGCGACCCCAAUGCGGCAGCCGAGAGUGAAGAGUGUGACUUAUACAUGAACCACAACGUUGAGGAUGUUGUAGUGCUGGGCCCAAAGUUACUGCAGUGGCCUAAUGGGUCAGCGUUUCAAGGGGCACAGAUAAAAACAGAGAAUCUUCCAACACAAGGUUGGAGCUGCUCGGUUAAACUGGAGCACGUGGAGGUGGACGCUGCGCGGCGCACCUGUCGCGUAGGGCGCCGCACCUACGCGCUGCACCAACCAGCCUUCUUCUGCGACUUCUGUGGCUCCUCAUUCCAAGCCAAACAGCUCCUCGUAGACCACGAAACAACAGAACACGGUGCCCAAAGUUUCAUAUGCAACAAAUGUGAAUUUACGACUGGCCACAGGACGAUUAUGAAGGCUCAUAUACGUAAACACAACGCGACCCGACUGUUCCGUUGUGGUAUCUGUAGCUACACGAGCUUAUUGAGAACAUCCGUGCGCCGUCAUCGAAAAACGCAUAGUGUAGAAUCUUUCAAGUGCAGAUACUGUGACUUCAAAUCUCGUAAUAAAAAUUAUUUAAUACUUCACGAGAAGACGCACACUGGUGAAAAGCCGAAUUUUAGAUGUGAUCACUGUGAUUUUAGUUCCGUCCAAAAAGCUAACUUGGAAAGGCACAUGUUGUUGCACAUGGGUAUUAAACCGUUUAAGUGUAGCAAUUGUGAUGUCGCGUGUAGUUCUAAAUCAGAUUUACGAAUUCAUCAGAGAAUACACACGGGGGAGAGGCCGUUUAAAUGUAACCUCUGUAAUUUUUCAUUCACUUCGAACACGAGCUUACGUUAUCAUCUGAUGCGACACACCGGCAACAUGCCUUAUAAAUGUGCCCAUUGUGACUACAAAUGUUGUAAGAAACCAAAGUUAAUAAGGCAUCUGGCGACGCACACUGACUUUAAGCCUUUCAAAUGCAGCCAAUGCGAUUACCGGUGCAAUCAGAAAGCAAACUUAAUGAGACACCAGUUGAAACACACUGGUGGAAAGCCUCACAAAUGUAGUCAAUGUGACUACACAGCCCGGUAUCAUUCCAGUGUACUGAGACAUCAAAAAACAAUGCAUAAUGGUGAAAACAGUGUAGUGCUUAAAUUGGACUUGAAAAUUCAUGAGACCAAUAAUACUAGUGAUAGUGGGGAUAAACCCUUUAAAUGCAGCCACUGUGAUGUCUCUUGCCAACGGAAGUUUAACUUGAAAAGACAUCUAAGAAAGUGCCACAAUGAGACACUUGAAAAGUUAUAUAAAUGUACCGAUUGCGAGUACACUACUGAUUUUCCCCAUAACCUAAAACUACACCGGCUGGUUCACGCAAGGGAUAAGCUUGCAAAACUUAAGCCAUUUAAAUGUACGCAUUGUAAAUACAGGUGUAGUAAGGAAGCAGAUAUGCAAGUACACAUCAUGACCAAGACACAUACGGAUGAAAAUCCUCUAAAAUGUAGCUACUGUGACUACUCAUGCCGUGUGAAGAAAACUCUGCGAAAACAUUUGAUGAAACAUGGAAAAAAGCCUUUUACAUGCAAAUUGUGUGACUUCACAUGUGAUACGUGGACAAUCUUACAAAGUCAUAAAGUCGUGCACGUUGGUGAAAAGCGAUUUAAAUGUACCGUUUGUGAUUAUGCGUGUACUAGCUCAUCAUUACUAGUACACCACAAGAGAGUACACAUUGAGGAGAAGUCAUAUGCCUGCAACAUCUGCAAUUACAAGGCUGUUCGGAAAUACAGCUUGAAACGUCACCUGAUAACACAUACUGAUUAUAAGCCUUUUAAAUGUAGUUAUUGUGAUCAUUCUUGUAGGCAUGCAUAUAUGCUACGACGACACGAGGCAUUGCACAAAAAGGAAACCGUUAAUGUAGCUAGUGUAGCUUUAAGUGAUGAAACAAUUUUAAGCCUCCAAGGGCCGGUUUCGCCCUCACAAGAACAGCAAGAGAUAGUUGUGAAACAGGAAAACGUAUGAACUGUAAUCCUUUAAGGCCGUGGUCGUCAUAUUGUAUGAGAAAAUAGAAUAAUUUCUAAGGAACCUGUGUUCUUACGCAGUGGAUGGCGCCAUUCGAAAACCUUUGAUAAAUAAUAAUGUCCUCAUUUUCAUAGUCUACACUAAUAGCAAUUAGGGGUCGUCCAUUAAUUACAUCACACGUUUAGGGGGAGGGAGGGGUCAAGAAAACGUGACAUGUUGUGACAAAGGGGAGGGGGGAGUCACAAACUUUGUGACGUCACUUUAACUUCAUCAGUAACUGAAUUUUUUUUAAAUUAAUUUUAUUCGCUGUACAGUUAAAUAAACAAGUUUUUGGAACGAUAUUCGUUUUUAUUCGUUUGAUUUUCUUUCUUAAUCAGUUUUGGGUUAUAAAAUUACAAAAUUUCUUUUUUCAAAAAUAUUUUGAUAAAAUAUUAAUAACACUUAGAUUUUCAGAUUUCGUUGAAAAAAUGUGACGUCACACCAGGGGGGGAGGGGUCAAAAAACCUAGAUAUUCGUGUGACGUAAUUAAUGGACGACCCCUUAUUAGAAAGAUGUGUAUGUAUGUGUGUAUGCGUGCGUGCGUGUGUGCUUUUAGCCGGACGACCAAAGAUCUAUUGACUUGCGCCAAAGAACCUACAAUCUCAAACACUAUUUGGAUAUUACUGGAUCCAAGAAGUUAUUUUACGAUUUGUCUUUAAACAUUAUUUAAAGUUAUACUCCAAUUCUUGUAGUAGUGCUUUUAGUAAAAUAAAAUGAUUGUUGUAUGUUUGAUACAUUUGAUUUGUAUGCAGGUUUCGCAGACCCUACACAUUUAACCUUUUCGACGCCGUGUCAAACACAAAAGCAGUCAUCCAGACGCCACGUCACCGAAGUGUCAAAACUGAUAUUGAACUUUAUGCAUAUACAUGUAGGUCUAUGUUGCUCUGUGGUCUAUGACCGAUUAAUCGGUCUUUGGCGUUGAACCUACGGUGCGUAUAUAUCGGGCAUUGGCGUCCAAAAGGUUUAAUGCUUUGCUUACUCUCAAGCUUAAUGGUCAGUAUUUUAUAA